GAGUCGCAAAAAGAGCAUCCGGUUGUUUGUGCUGCCGAGCACGGGCACGUGCUCACCACGUGCUUCACAAAAUCGUCCGCAACCUCCUCACCUCGCGCAACGCAUCUCGAUGUCCGCCGGCCCCGGCAACGGCGCGGGCGCCGCCGCGCUGCCCUCCGAUGGGGCCGGAGCUGAAGACGAGGCGCGCGCCCUGCUCCCGGCCUCCACGCCCGCCUCCGACGCGGCCGGCGGCGGCGGCAAGGGGGAGGAGCAAGAGGAGGACCUGGAGGAGCGCGCGUUCGAGGCGUCGGAGAAGGUCAUCGUGUCGCUCUCCGACGACCCGGACGGCGAAGACGACGACGACCUGGAGGGGCAGCUCUCCACGUCGUCGGCGUCCCCGCCCUUCUCGUGGCGGAAGCUCUGGCUCUUCACGGGGCCAGGGUUCCUGAUGAGCAUCGCGUUCCUGGACCCGGGCAACCUCGAGGGGGACCUCCAGGCCGGCGCCGCGGCCGGGGACACGCUGCUCUGGCUGCUCAUGUGGGCCACGGCCAUGGGUCUCCUCGUGCAGCUCCUCGCCGCGCGCCUCGGGGUCGCCACGGGCCGCCACCUCGCCGAGCUCUGCCGCGACGAGUACCCGGACUGGGCCCGCCGCGCGCUCUGGCUCAUGGCCGAGGUCGCCAUGGUCGGCGCCGACAUACAGGAGGUCAUCGGCAGCGCGAUCGCCAUCAAGAUCCUCAGCAAGGGGUACCUGCCGCUCUGGGCCGGCGUCGUCAUCACCGCCCUCGAUUGCUUCAUUUUCCUUUCUCUUGAGAACUAUGGGGUGAGGAAACUGGAAGCCGUAUUUGCAGUUUUGAUUGCAACGAUGGCCGUCUCCUUUGCAUGGAUGUUCACUGAUACGAAGCCCAACGGGAAGGACCUGCUAAUUGGUAUUUUGGUUCCAAAACUGAGCUCUAAGACAAUAAGACAAGCUGUUGGGGUUGUUGGCUGUGUUAUUAUGCCCCACAACGUAUUCCUCCAUUCAGCACUAGUGCAGUCAAGAAAAGUAGAUCCAAGCAAGGAAUACCGAGUCCGUGAAGCAUUGAGAUACUACUCAAUAGAGUCAACGAUAGCAUUGGCUAUAUCCUUCAUGAUAAAUCUCUUUGUCACAACGGUUUUUGCUAAAGGAUUUUAUGGCACUAAAGAAGCUGGCAGUAUUGGCCUAGAAAAUGCUGGGCAGUAUCUACAAGAGAAGUUUGGUGGAGGGUUUUUACCUAUCCUCUACAUUUGGGGGAUUGGGCUAUUAGCGGCCGGGCAGAGUAGCACAAUAACAGGAACUUAUGCGGGACAGUUCAUAAUGGGUGGAUUUCUUAAUUUGAGGUUAAAGAAAUGGAUCAGGUCACUGAUCACCAGAAGCUUUGCAAUUGUGCCGACUAUAAUCGUGGCUCUAUUUUUCGAUUCAUCUGAUGCACUUGAUGUUCUGAAUGAGUGGCUCAAUGUGCUUCAAUCAAUUCAGAUCCCUUUUGCACUUAUUCCACUGAUAACCUUGGUAUCCAAGGAGGAAGUCAUGGGAGUCUUUAAAAUAGGCCGUAAAAUGCAAGCUGUUACCUGGACAGUGGCAGCACUAUUGAUCACAAUCAACGGCUAUCUCUUGUUGGAUUUCUUCUCGUCUGAAGUACGAGGUCUGUUGUACGGCUCACUUCUCUGUGUAGCGGUACUUGCCUACGCCUCAUUUGUGUUGUAUCUCAUUCUGCGGGGCACCGAGAUGUCCAACCAUAUCAUCGUAGCGAUACGCAAGAGAUUGUCAUGACAGCUGUAACCAAAAUUUUGCUCUUUUACACACAACCAUAACCUCUCAACAUACACGGAAUGCUUUCGAGAGCAGAGACAGGAGAUCUCUUCUGUACAGUGACAUUCAGUCCCGCUGCUGGAUCGGUUCUAGCGCUCUGACUUAAUCCUGACGGGGCAGUAGAGAAAAUGAAUUGCUGAUGCUGCUGAACAGCUCUAAGUUCAUUCCUUUUUCAUUUUUUGUGUAUGAACUUAAGCAUAGAGAAAGAAAACACUAGAAGUUGAAGAACGCAGUGUAAUUUUAUGCUCCAUUUGUACAUGAUACCAUUCCUAUGUGUAGAGUGAAUGUGAUCACCCUAAUCCUCAAUGUUCUCUGAAUCAAUGUUAAGUGUGAUCUUACACUGACCUGGUGAAGACCAACUGUGAUCAUUCUUAAAUUUUGAAUUUUGAUUACCCAAA